AUGGAGAGCCAACAGAGAACCACUACCCGCCCAGCCAGUGGUAUCCCACGGCUAGCAGCAUCCAGAUUGCCCCUGCCAACAUCCACCGCACCGAAAUCCAUCCGCCCCUCCCCCUCCCGCGAUCGAUUGCAGGCCGACCCUGGACUGGACCAUAGUCGGCUCCGACGACCGUCCCAUGAAUCGCUGCGGAAGUCACCCACAGUCCCACGCUACUCCUUACCAGCAAAGCCAAUCGUCCGACCUCCUCCCAAACGGGACGAGCCUCAAACGGAAAUAGACGGAACACAAACAUUGGAGGGUGCGAGCUUGUUAGGUGGGGACGACGAGAAUGAUGGACUUGCACAGGAGCCUCGCGGUCGUCAGGAGGAGCGUCCAUCUCUGUCAGAACGCACAAUCGAGACAAUUGCGCACAUCCCACCAUCGCCGGCUUCGGCGAAAAGACAAUCGAGCUUUUUCAAUGGUGCCAGCCCAAUACGAUCUCCAUCGCGGACGCCAUCCAAUGUGUCCACAUAUUCAAGGUCGCCAUCACGGUCCUCCUCUAGCCAAACAAACGGGAAUGAUCUUCUGCCCCCGCCCGUCUCCAAGCUCCGAUUCCCUUCCCGUCCUCGCACGUCGGCACCUUUGACCUCAUCUUUGGCAUCGGGCAAGGUUUCAGAGGCCACCGAUAGCCCUUCGAAAAUGAGAUUACCAUCUGCGAGACAGAGUAUUGGACCUGGAAGUGGCAUUGUCGAAUCUAACCCCUCACUCAAGAAGGUGGCCUCGGGGAAGUUGACUGUUCCAGGAGCGGUGCCUAGUAAAGCGUCACCUGCUCGCCCUUCCCUAGUGAAGAAACCAUCAAAGCCCGUUCUGUCUGAUAUGGGCCCUCCAGAACGGCCACUCCAUGUACGGAAGACCAGGAAACCUCAACCUCAAACAGAUUCCCCUUCUUCUACGAGAUCGCCCUCGACCCCUUCGCGAUACGUGUCUGCUGCAUCGACCCUACAGGACGAACUUACGCCGGAGCAGCAGGCGCAAAGUGAGGCGAGGAAAGCGUCCAAAUCAUCCAAUGCUUUGCGAGAAAGUAUUGCAAAGGCAAAGGCCGCUAGAAAAGCUGCGGCGACAGCGACAAGCAAAGACAAAUCGAAGCCGGAAAUUAUCAAGUCGUCCAUCAAUACAUGGGAAAGCGUUGAUGCCGAGGAUCCAUUUAAUCAGCUUCCCAAGGGAUCCAAUACGGCUGUGCUCAAGAAGCGUGUGGAGGGUGCUCGUGCAUCAGGCACGUUGAAUAUUGCUGCGAUGUCAUUGACGGAGAUUCCCAAUGAGGUGAUCAACAUGUACGAGUUCGACUCGGAGAACUCAUCCAACUGGUUCGAGAACGUGGACUUGGUCAAAUUCAUCGCUGCAGACAAUGAAUUGACUGGAAUUGCGGAUAUCGUUUUCCCUGACAUCGACCCCGUGGAUUUCGACCCUGACAGUGAUGAGCGAGGCCCUCAAUUCGGCGGAAUAGAGACAUUGGAUCUACAUGGAAACAAGCUCUUCUCUCUACCACUGGGAGUCCGGCGACUUCACCAGUUGCGUAUUCUCAAUUUAUCGAAUAAUGAUUUAACCCUGGACAAGCUCGAGAUCAUCAUGGAAAUCCCAUCCUUGGUGGACUUGAAAUUGGCAUCCAAUAAGUUGGAGGGAACUUUUCCUUCGGAAAUCGGACGUCUCCGUCACUUGGAAAGCUUGGACCUACGGAACAAUGCUCUCACGAGGCUGCCGAAUCAAAUCUCAGAACUGACCUGUCUGAAAGUCUUGGAUGUUGGCGAGAAUGAAUUGACCUCUUUGCCAUUCGAAGCUUUAAGCAAGCUUCCUCUCAAGACCCUCAAUGCCCCCAAGAACAAUAUGGAUGGGACAUUGAUCCCAGAAAGCGUGGACCGACUGGAGAAUCUGCAGUCUCUCAAUGUUGCAAAUAAUUCAUUGGACCUCCUUGCGGCCAAUGAUCAGCUAUCUUUACCCAACCUUCACAGCCUUAUUAUCAAUGUGAAUCGCAUCAAGGCUCUUCCCUGUGUUUCUACAUGGCAAUCUCUAUCAGUUCUUGCAGCCGAAGUGAAUCGUCUCACCGAGAUUCCUGCUGGUUUCGUUGACCUCAAGAAUGUCAAGACAGUCGACUUUACUGGUAAUAACAUCACUCAGGUGGAUGAGAAGAUCGGGUUGAUCGAAAGCCUGUCUACGUUCAAAAUUGCCAAUAACCCGCUUCGUGAGCGGAAGCUACUCAGCAUGAGCUCGGAUGAAAUCAUCCAGGAUCUCCGGAAUCGAUGCGAACCCGAACCUCAAGAUACCGACGACGAGGGAUCAGUCGCGACUCAGUUCACGCUGGCGCCAGAGACCCCAGAGCUGGAAAGUGGUUGGCAGGUGAAGCCUGGCGGUGUCCUCGACAGAUCAUACUCCGACCUCACAGAUCUGGAAUCAACCAAGAUCGAGUCGAUCAACCCGGAGGACGUUCGCUGCGUUUACUUGCAGCAUAAUGAACUUCGUUUUUUCCCUGUCCCAGCUUUGACCAUGCUUGCACAGGGACUGGUUGAGCUUGAUCUCUCACACAACCCGCUCAACAGUGCAGAGCUCAUGUCUUCUUCACUUGAGCUGCCAAAGCUGCAAAGUCUCAAUCUCAGUGCCGCUGGUCUCACCUCCCUAGAGCCUCUGUUGAAACACCUGCAAGCUCCAUCGCUGAACUUCCUAGACGUGUCCAACAACCGUCUGACCGGAUCCCUCCCGCACAUUCGACAGACAUACUUGGAGAUGAAGACUUUCCUGGCCUCGGACAAUCAGUAUUCCAGCGUGGAGUUCGAGGCAGUACAGGGCCUGCAGGUGUUGGAUAUCAGCAACAACGACAUUGAUUAUCUACCUCCUAAGAUUGGCCUACUCGGUGCUGAGCGUUCUCCGCAGAAUUGGGGUACAGGGUCAGCACUGAGAAGGUUCGAGGUUGCUGGCAAUCGAUUCCGGGUUCCCCGGUGGCAAGUCGUCGCCAAGGGCACUGAAGCUGUUUUGGAGUUCUUGAAGGAUCAUAUUCCUACCCAAGAUCUGCCCGACUGGGAGCAUGAAGAUAAGGCUGCUCGCGUUGACACGUUCUAA